AUGGCGGCGCCCGCGGCGGCGUGGAACCGGCUGGACGUGCCGUGGCCAGCGAGCAGUGCGACGGUGGCUUUGCCGACCCAACACCCUGCAGUGAGGUCGUUGCUGGCGUUGAGGCGGCGGUGCUACCUCGCCCGCAAGCGGCUGUCGGGGACGCAGCUGGCCGCUGAGGGACGUGUUCUGCGGGCCGUGCUCUACGUCUACCACAACAAACUGCGCCGGCACCGGUCCUACCUGGCCAUGCAGCAGGUAGAACAAUGCUUGAAGCGCCUAUGGAAAAUGAACUUGGUGGGUUGUAUUGAAACUCUAUCAGAACUGGUUCCCAAGAAAAAUACAACCCAAGCCCAUAGAGAGUGCUUGAUUCCAAGCCAGCCCAUGCUGGAAACAGUGGCUUUGAAGGUACUGGGAGGUUGUAAGCUCAUACUGCGUCUACUGGACUGUUGCUGUAAAGCUUUUCUCUUGUCUGUUAAUCAUCUUUGCUCAGAAGAAUACAUACUUUUGAACACUGUGGCUUCAGGGUUGUUGAGCCGGCUAUGGAUUCAGUACAGGUGUGCAUUGCAGAACCUUAUGUCGUUGUAUGGCUUGUUGUCAACAUCACUUCUGCUGGUUUCUGAGACCCAACAGAUGCCUUAUAUCAAAGGGUUUACCUUCCCUUCUGAUAUCAGUAACUUCCUUGGAGUUCAUGUGUCUUCUGAGUUGAAGCAGCAACAGACUAGAAUGCUUACAACAAGAAAACCUACCAGUUGGCUGAAGAAGCUCUUCCCAGCAGUGCCAGAGGCAGCAUCAGAGAUUGAGAAAAAGAGAAAUUUUGCAACCUGCAUGAGGGCUGUGAAAAAACAUGGCAUCCCAUGCCCCACGGACAUCGGAGAGCCAGUUUUGGUGACCAGAGCUAACAGAGGGAAACCCCGAGGGUGUGAUGUGAAGAGGUUACUUAGACCAUCUAGACCUCCAGCACAAGAGGGUAUCAGCAUGGCAUCAUCAUCUCUUAAAGCAAAGUCAGCAUCACUUUCCUCCGUUACAGCAAAAUCUCAGCAUGCUGGAUCUCUUGUACAAAUGAUCCAAACAGCUACAUCCUUUAGGGAGCUGUCAGAAGCACUCAGAAAAGCAAUUCUCUGGUGUAAAGGCAACAAAUUCAAAUCAGCAGCUUAUUUUCUGCGUAGCAAGUUGUUGAAAAGCAACCGGCUGCACCAUGUGGAGGCUCAAGGAUGCAGCUUGAAGAAGAAACUGUGCUGUGUCAAAACUUCUGUCUGUAAAUGCCUCCUCUACGGGUCACAAAAUGCACGCUGGCCAAAGCAGUACCUCCAGGCACAGUUCUGUCGAAGGAGGAUGAAAUCAUCCAUGCGCUUCAGGAGAACUCGGAAGACUGCUUGGCAAAAACCUUCUGAGCUUCCUGGGGUCUGUGGGAACAGUCCAUCGCUCAUCCUGCCAGCCUACCACAGUGGGUCUCCAAGUCAGGAAGGACAUUCCAGUGCUGGUACAGGCUGUGUCAGACUCAGUACAGCAGGGACCUUUAAGCAGCUGCUGCUGGAAGGAACCCCUGGCCCUGGGUGGAAAGAAGCUACUGAGAACAUGGAUAUUGAUUCUAUUUUUGCAGCUAUGGGUGUCUGACUCUGGA